UCUUGCAAUAUUGUUUAUUCCGUCUUCGUUAAAUGUUCUUGUUUUGUUAACAAAAUAAGCUUUUUAAAUAAUAAUGCAUAAUCUGCAUUAUCUCUGAAUGUUAUUGAAACUGUAUCGAAUAAAUUUUUUAUCAAAUUACCCCAAAAUGUCCACUUGUGUUAAAGGAAAACUUUCAUAUCCAAAAGAUCAACUUAAUUUGGAUCUCACACUUUUAGGUGGUCAAAGUUUCCGAUGGGAAAAACAUACAAAUGAUAAAAAAGAAGAAAAAUGGCAAGGUGUAGCUUUUGAAUGUUUCUGGGAACUACAUCAAACACCUUCAACAAUAAAGUACAAAGUUUUCUCCAAUAAAAAGCAUCCUGAUGAAUACUUUACAAAAUUACUCGAAAAAUAUUUAAGAUUGGAUUUCGAUUUGAGUGGCAAUUGUGAGAAAUGGAAGAGAGCUCAUAGACAUUUUGCAGAAACAUCACAAGCACUCAAAGCAGUUCGGGUGUUGGAUCAAGAACCGCUCGAGACAAUUCUUUCGUUUAUAUGCAGCCAAAACAAUCACAUUAAAAGAAUAUCAACAAUGGUGCAAUGGUUGUGUUCAAAAUAUGGCAGUAAAAUAUGUUCAUAUGAAGGCGUCGACUAUUUCUCGUUUCCCAGUUUAAGCUCAUUGUGUGAUCAUCAAAAUGAGCUUGAAUCUGCUCUCAGAGAAGCAAAAUUUGGCUAUCGAGCUAAAUUCAUUGCAGGAAGUGUUAAAAAAAUUAACGAAUCUGGUGGUAAUGAUUGGUUUCAAAAGCUAAGAAGCUUAUCAUUCAAAGAAGCUCGGGUGGAGUUAGUAACCCUACCUGGAAUCGGAUUUAAAGUUGCCGAUUGUAUAUGUUUGAUGGCUUUAAAUCAUUUGGAAUCCGUACCAAUUGAUACACAUAUCUACAAAAUUGCUCAAGCUUCAUAUUUACCACGUUUAAGUGGCAUUAAAUCAGUUACACCGAAAAUAUACGAAGAAGUUGCUGAGCACUUUCGAAAGAUUUAUGGAGAUUAUGCUGGUUGGGCUCAAGCGGUUUUAUUCUGUUCCGGUCUUCAAAGGUUUCAAGAAACAAAAGGGAAAUUUGUAGACAAAACAAAUGUUUGUGUGCCUGCUAAGAAACAAAAGAAAAAGUAAUGCAUACAUGAUAAUCUAGUUUUACAGGUCUAAUUCGUAAUUUUAGUAUUAAAAUAAACAAGGAAAAUAUAUUUAAAAA